CGAUUCGGAUUCGAACAUCAUUAGUGGAUGGUGCGGCAGGAGCAGCAAAGAGAGCGCAGUCUCCAGCAGGGCUUCGGCAGACCGUUAGGCUGUUCACAUCAUCUGCAGACAUGGAAAAGGAGGGGACUGAGAUUGUUGAAGAGACCGAGCAAAUGAUAGACCAGAAGGAGCCGGAGAAUCCCGUUUCUACGGUAGUAGAUUCAAAAGAAAUGCGGGCUGUUGUUCUGACGGGCUUUGGUGGUCUAAACAAACUCAAAGUCACCAAGAAACCAAUGCCAGAGCCCCAAGAAGGAGAAGUCAAAAUUCGCGUGAAAGCAUGUGGACUGAACUUUCUUGAUCUAAUGGUACGACAAGGAAAUAUAGAUAAUCCUCCAAAAACACCUCUUGUGCCUGGAUUUGAGUGUUCUGGGAUUGUAGAGAGUGUGGGAGAAAAUACCACAGGCUUUGAGAUAGGUGACAGAGUGAUGGCCUUUGUAAAUUACAAUGCUUGGGCAGAGGUGGUUUGCACACCAUUGGAUUUCGUGUAUAAGAUCCCAGACGACAUGACAUUCCCAGAGGCGGCUGCCUUCUCUAUGAACUUCGUGGCUGCCUACAUGAUGCUGUUUGAAGUGGCCAAUCUCCAGGAGGGGAUGUCUGUAUUAGUUCACUCAGCAGGAGGUGGGGUGGGUCAAGCAGUCGCUCAACUUUGUUCCACUGUCCCCAACGUCACUGUGUUUGGGACUGCCUCGCCCUUCAAACAUGAUGCCAUAAAGCAUUCAGUCACUCAUCUCUUUGACAGAAACCUUGACUACGUUCCAGAAGUUAAGAAGAUAUCUCCAGAAGGAGUGGAUAUUGUACUGGACUGUUUGAGUGGAGAGAACACAGGAAAAGGCCUAACUUUGCUCAAGCCCAUGGGAACGUACAUCCUGUAUGGUUCAUCAAACAUGGUGACAGGAGAGACAAAAAGUUUCUUCAGUUUUGCUAAAUCUUGGUGGCAGGUUGAGAAGGUGAACCCUAUCAAACUCUAUGAGGAGAAUAAAGUCAUGGCCGGAUUCUCGCUCCUUAACCUCCUCUUCAAGCAGGGGGGAUGCAGCCGAGUCAAGACAGCGGUGCAAAAACUUCUUUCCCUCUAUGACCAAAAGAAGAUCAAGCCUCUUGUAGACUCCCUGUGGGCGCUUGAGGAGGUGAAGGAAGCCAUGCAGAGAAUCCAUGACAGAGGAAACAUAGGGAAGCUCAUUUUGGAUGUGGAAAAGUCUCCCACGCCUUUGAAGAAAGAAAGUCAAACAGGUUUGGAAUGACAUGAGGAUGGCCAAUGAUAGCACAGAGACCAGUGAAGCAGGUGAGGAGGAAGAGGAACAAGAGGGAGACAAUGACAACAAGGAACGAAUGCCCUUCAUUCAGUGAACCCAGACACAACCAGAGACUAUCAUGAACCUGAGCUGAGCUCUCUGACCCCGUGCCAUUGUGAAACGUACGUUUGUGUGAUGUGUUUGCUCUGUUGUUUGUCUGUAUCUUUGAAAGUUUUGGACAAUGCAGUCAAAAAUAUCCCAAAACACUAAUUGUGCUGUUAAAUGUUUGACUUAAGUGCCAUUCUUAGUGCAGUGUUGAAUUGUUGCAGUGUUUCAGGCCUAAACGUUAUUAUAGGAUUGACUUUUCGUGAAUGCCUUUUGCAGCCUUUUGGAUGGUUUAUUUGGCCAAGUGGAUGGACAGAUUGCUGCAGUCAAAGUCUAAAAUUAACACUUGCCAAGAGACAAAUGGAAGUUGAAAUUGGAUUUGGCAAGUAAAUUAAAUGCAGCACUUGCCGGUAACUUUAUAAGGAACUGCAAUUUAAUACAUGGUGUAGGUCAAACAGUACACUCUAACAAUGCUGGCAUAAUGUUGAUUACUACAAAAAAAUAAAUAAAUAAAUUCGGUAACACUUUAUUUUAGGGUCUUUUAACUAGUUGCUUAUUAGCAUGCAUAUUACUAGGAUAUUGGCUGUUUAUUAGUACUUAUAAAGCACAUAUUAAUGCCUUAUUGUACAUGACCAUAUUCUACAUCCCUUAAUCCUACCAAUACCUGAACUUAACAAUUACCUUACUAUUAAUACUAACUAUAAAUAAGCAGUACAUUAGGAGUUUAUUGAGGGAAAAGUCAUAGUUAAUAGUUUAUAUGUGUUUCCCCUAUACUAAAGUGUUACCAAAAUUUUCUUGAAAAAUAUAUCAAGGUUAUUGGGCCAGUUUGUGGAGGAUUUAAAAGCAGAAAUGUGAAGGUUAUAAUUUUAUAAAAGCACUUCUGAUAUUCGAGCUGUGAAGCUGCUUACAUUUUUAUAGUUGACAUUGUAGGUUUUACGUUGAAUUAAAUUACAUUUAGGUUGAUUUGAGUUUAACCUCACUGAAAAGUUUGUUGAUUUGUUCACAAUAAAAUAAUGCUAACACACUUACAGUAUUAUUUACAUUUUGCGUCUAUAUACUAUUGAAAGUGUGAGUAUUUUAACGUUUACAGAUUGGCCCCUUUCACAUUCAUCUCACUGUAACCCAGAUUGUUGUUUCUUGGAAAGAAAACGAGUAGAAAUGAAUUUUUAUGGUAAUCAACAUCAUGCCACAAAUGCUGUAAACAUGUACUGAACCUGGAAUGUUCCUUUACAUCACCUAAAUGGAAAAAAAUAGGGAAAAAUUAUAUAUAUUGCAUUUUUUGGACAGGUGAAGUUUGUGGCUCAAAUAUGAUUCUCUGAGUAACAGUGAACACAAGGAAAGACCACUACAUAAAACCACUGACAUAAGGACAAACUUUUAUUUUUACAAAAAUAUUUUUCUUCUAUUAAAAUAAAUGAAACCAUUGUUUGGUUUGGCAAGUUAAUUUUGGACACUGGUUGCAGUGCUUCUGAUGCAUGCGUGCGUGUGUGUGUGUGUGUGUGUGUGUGUGUGUGUGUGUGUGUGUGUGUGUGUGUGUGUGUGUCUGUGAAAUGUUUCAUGACAGUUGAGAGUGUGUUUAUGACUGAAACGGAGGGAGAAGAUAAAGACAGAGUUCUACUGGAGCUUAUUGUAGUCAUGUUGCACAUCGAUAGGUGCCUCUCUUUUUCUGCUCAGAGCAUAAAACUCAUCUGCGUUACCCUUUGUUCACCUCUAGACACAUCUAGAAAUAUUAUUUAAGCCUUUAAAAAGACAUUUCAAUGAGUUGUCAUGAACAGCGACAGUAUGUAAAAUAACCUCUACAGUAUUGUGCAUUUUCCUUAAAGGGAUAGUUCACCCCAAAAAUAAAAAUUAGAUGAACACAAUCGGAGAUAUAUUUAAAAAUAUCCUGGCUCUUCCAAGCUUUAUAAUGGUAGUGAAUGGGGGUUGAGAUUUUGAAGCCCAAAAAAAUGUAUCCAUCUAUCAUAAAAAUAAUUCAUACGGCUCCAGGGGGUUAAUAAAGGCCUUCUGAAGUGAAGUGAUGGGUUUUUAUAAGAAAAAUAUCCAUAUUUAGAACUUUAUAAUCUAAAAUAACUAGCUUCCGGCAGACGACCGUACGCAUACUGCACUAGUCGACUUGCGCCACAAGAGUAACCUGUGACGUGAUGUAUGACACAGAUGUAGGAGUAUCGUAAGCUUAGACGCCUCUCGCAGUUCAAACAAAUAUUGCUGUGCAACAAACUCAAGCUCCUCUUCUCUUAUAUUGAAGUUAUAUCUUUAAAAAUUCUCAUUUUAGACUUCUAAUUCAUGACCGGUGUUUUGUUUUGCUCUAUCCUCUGCACUUCUGUGUUCGUCAUUACGUCAUCUGUCGGGUCAGAGGUCACUCUUCCACCCAAAUCGAUGCACAUGGUCGUCUGCCGAAAGCUAGUCAUUAUAGUUAAUAAAGUUUUAAAUAUGGAUAUUUUUCUUACAAAAACCUAUCGCUUCGCUUCAGAAAGUCUUUAUUAACCCUCUGGAGCCGUAUGGAUUAUUUUUAUGAUGGAUGAAUGCAUCUUUUUGGGCUUCAAAAUCUCAACCCUUGGAAAAAUCUCAAGCUUGGAAGAGCUAGGAUAUUUUUAAAUAUAUCUCCGAUUGUGUUCAUCUGAAAGAAGAUAAUCAUAUACACCUAGGAUGGCUUGAGGGUGAGUAUGUUGUUUCAGACCCAUGUGACUUGCGUUCUCCUGUGGAACACAAAAGGAGAUAUUGCGAAGUUUGUUGUUCACCUUGCUCUUUUCCAUACAGUGGGUGAGUAAAUGAUGACAGAAAUGUGUUUUUGGGUGAACUGUCCCUUUAAAGAAUCACAAGUAAAUGUUCUGACAUUAAAGGGUUAGGUUACACAAAAAAAAAAAAAUAAGAAAAAGAAAAUUCUGUCAUCAUUUACUCACUCUCAUGUCGUUCCAAACCUGUAAGACUUUCGUUCACCUUCUAAACAUAAAUUAAGGUAUUUUUAUUAAUGAAAUUUGAGAUAUUUCUGUCCUUCCAUUGACAGUCUACACAACUAUCACUUUAAUGCUUCAAAAAGUUCAUCAAGAGAUCGUAAAACUAAUCCAUAUGAAUUGGGUGGUUUAGUCUAAAUUUUCUGAAGAGACACAAUCACUUUAUAUGAUGAACAGAUUAAAUUUAGGCUUUUAUUCUCAUAUAAACAUUGAUCAACUCACACAUCAGUUGUGGUAAACGGAAGCUCAAGCAUAUUCGCUUGAUGUGCAAGAACCAAUGAGGUUCAUUCUCGUGUGUCAAGCAGAUUCGGUUAAGCUUCCGUUUAUGUUCGCUGAUUAAUGUUUAUAUGUGAAUAAAAUUCAAUCUUUUCAUCAUAUAAAGCGAUCGAGUCUCUUCAGAAAAUUUAGACUAAACCACUCAAUUCAUAUGAAUUAGUUUUGCGAUCUCUUUAUGAACGUUCUGAAGUGUCAGUUGCGUAGCUGUCAGUGGAGGGACAGAAAUCGCGCAGAUUUCAUCAAAAAUAUCUUCAUUUGUGUUCCGAAGAUGAACAAAAGUCUUACAGGUGUGGAGCGACAUGAGGGUGAGUAAAUGAUGACAGAAUUUUCAUUUUUUGGAUGAACCAACUCUUUAAGGUCAAAGUUGGGUAUCAUGUUUAUUUUUUCAAACUAGUAACCAACAACAACAAAAAUGAAAAAUAAAUUCUUAAGUGUCUUUUGUUGCAUAUCUGCACUGAGGACCAGAAGGCGUUUCUUUGUGUAUUUCAUGGAGAAUAGACACUUUAAUGUCAAAAAUAUUAAAUUUUCUGUCAUACAUAUACCUCAUAAAUGAACAUUUUGAUUGUGUUCUCAUGUGGUAUUAUAUUUUUGUUGGGUUUACUUGUGUACGCUAUUUCCCCCCCACAAAUUAGUGUUUUUAUUCAACACUUCUCUAACAAUUAAACUAGUUGGCUUUAUAGAGAAUAUAUACAAAAACAGCCAGUCUGAUAGUGUUUUACUUUACAAUAAGCAAGAUGGAAUGACUUAUACAUGAGCAAAAAAUGACCCUUUCUGAAUAGGCCCACAAAUGAAGUUGUUUUUUGCUUGUUUCUUUAAUGUACAUGACUGAGUGCAUUAUAUGAAAAGCAGAAGUAUGUGACAGCAUCUUUCCACAUUAUUAUUUUGGGUUACAGUUAUUUGAGAUUUGUUUAAAAACUUGCCUUAAAGAUAAAGCACUACAUUUCUGAUGUGCCGAUCUCAGCUCAAGACAGAAGUAUAUUGUUGCUGUGUAGUUUUCGUCAGUAGACGUGCUUUUAUGUUAGAUUAUGAUAGAUUGCAAACACACGUAAUCUGAAUAAAAUGUUGUGCAGAGCA